GCAAAUCGAUCCCAAAGAAAGUGACAUUGGAUUCAUGGAGUCACUUGAAACUACUGCUGGGGUGAAAAGCUCCACUGAGGGUCAGGACAGAAAUGUUGUUGCACAGAAAAAAUGCACCUCAGAGGCAGCACAGACCAGGAGGAGUCCAUCAGUCGAAUUGGAAGGCAAGGGGUGGCACCAACAACCUCAAGAAAGUCAGAGCCGAGACACAUGUGGUUUCAAAGAAAUGUCUGACUCAGGGAAAUCACUGCAAUUAGAAGAUCUGCACUCCCAAAUUCAGUCCACAAGCCAUCAAGACUAUGAGGUGUCUUCGUAUCCAGUACAGUCCACCAAACCGUUCCCCGUUGACAGACAGAAAGCUGUAGGUCACUUAGUUUCUGCACAGUCCCCUGGACCUGCGUCUCACAGGAAGUCCACCAGUUCACCUGAAGUCCAUCAACAGUGUUCCCACUCAGGGUUGGAUCAGCUGUCAGAGGCUGCGUUAAAGGUGGAGCAGAAACCGCAAAAGCCUGGAAAGUAUGUUUGCGACUACUGCGGAAGGGCAUGUGCCAAACCCAGCGUGCUUAAGAAACACAUUCGCUCACACACCGGAGAGCGGCCCUAUCCGUGUGUCCCGUGCGGAUUCUCCUUCAAAACCAAGAGUAAUUUAUACAAACACAGAAAGUCCCACGCUCACGCGGUCAAAGCUGGAACAGUGCCACUCUCAGAACUUGGUUCUUACAAUGCCAACACGGACCAGGGGUCUUUUGAAGGGGAAGGAGAGUUAUUCUCUGAUGCUGAGCAAAGCACGGACACGGAUGAGGACACUCUUAACGACCCGCUGCUGCUGCUGGACUCUCCAGCGGAGGGAUCAGAUAACACUGCUGUAAAAGUACUAAAUCUCAUCUCUCAGAAAAAGGGAGCCACGUCGAUGUCAGCUCAGGAUGGUUCAUCCCAGCCCCAAGAAAUCAAUGCACCUCCCGCUACCGCCGAGGCUAGCCGUGCAAUUCAAUCUUGCACGAUCAAACAGAGGCUUGCACUUCGGCUGUCGGAAAAAAGAAGCAGCGACUCGGACCACAAUCUGUCCCUCCCGAGUCAGUCGAGCAAGGGCAGCACGGACUCCGGGUACUUCUCGCGCUCCGAGAGUACCGAGCACCAGACCGGCACUCCCAACACUAACGCAAAGUCCUAUCAAGAAAUUAUGUUCGGGAAGUGUUACAGGCCGAGCCCUAAACAGGCGGCCGCUUUUGAGGCUUGUAGCGCUGACUCAAAUGAACACUCGGGGAGACGCUCGGAGAAAGGUGUUUCCCGUGUUUUCACCCAAGAGAAAGACACCGUUGAGGCAAUCAAAAUAAACACAAAGUCAUUCACGAGGGAGGAGGUCAAAGAUCCGCAGUUAGACGGCGGCUCUGACAUGGGGACUCUGAUGAGGAGCAACUCAAUGCCAACGUCCUCGGUAGUGUGUCUGCCUAUGCCCCAAGCCCUCAGAGGCAGCCACUCUUUUGAUGAGAGAGCAAGCACCGGGGGCAUGAGGAGGCUCAGGAGGCAAGCUGCUUUCGAACACUCGGCACACGACGGCCACGCAGACGCGGACAGCCACGGAAAGAUGACCGAGAGUGGCAUUUCACCCUCAGGGUCGGAGAUGGAAAAUUACCCCUCCAUGGCAUCUAACAUGAGCCAACAGAGACACGCAAUGGAACUGGCAACGCGGAAGCGUCGGAAAGAGAAGAGGGAAGAGGAAGAUUUGCCAGGUCAAUACGAGGUCCACCAUGAACAGUGUGAAGAGAUGUUUGACGCAAGUAAGGACUAUGAUUUAAAACAAGCUGCUCUGGGCAUUAUGGCAUUAGGAAAAGGACAUUCUUCAAGUAUGCUAACGCAGAUGGACAGGUGUGACAUGGACAUAUCAGUGAGCCCUGAAAUAUCCGGUAGGAAAACUUUAGGGAAUGUAAUAUCUGUUAUCCAGCACACAAACUCCAUAAACAGGCCUCACUGUGAACAGUCAGAAUCAUACAAGUAUCAUGGGCCGAGACAGGAUAGUAUUACUUUGUUUCAAGCUAUGGAGGCCAGUGAAUCAUAUGAGUUGGAAAGGAGUGAUAGCAGGCUGAGGCAGUCAUUUCAACUGGGCCCCAAACUUGUGCGGCAGCCCAACAUACAAGUCCCAGAAAUCAGGGUCACAGUAGAGCCUGACAGUCCAGAAAAAGCUCCAGAGGUGCAGGUGAAGGAGCCGGAGAAGCACGUGGAGGAAUUUCAGUGGCCUCAAAGGAGUGAAACUUUAGCACAAUUCCCUCCAGAAAAGCUCCCUCCAAAGAAGAAAAGGCUACGCUUAGCUGAUAUCGAGCACUCCUCUGGUGAAUCGAGUUUCGAGUCGGCCUGCACCAGUCUCUCCCGCAGCCCGAGCCAAGACAGCAACUUAUCCUAUUGCUCCGCCUUCUCCUUUGACAGGGAGGAGAGUUUGAAGUCAGUCUCUCCAGCCAGGCAGGAUGAAUUUGGCAAACCGCUAGAGCUCUUAGCGGUGCCAGGGAGUGGGCACUCCCUCUCUGUGCUCAACCAGCGACAACAACAUGAAAUGAGACGCUCCUCCUCAGAGCAGGCGCCGUGUAACUUGCGCAAGGAGUUCCCAGAGGUACGCAGCAUAUCGUUUGACUAUGGCAGCCUUUCUCCAACGUCCAAAGUUAGACCGGUGGACAGAAGGAGGGGAAACUUGGUGCGGCAGGAGUCAUUGAAUAUGGACACUGAGGUAACACAAGUCCCGUCACAAGUGUUUCCGCAGCACCUCAGCAGCAGCUCCCCUCCAUUCACAGCAGUUGCUGUUCUGCCGCAGUCUUUGCCAAUUUUCUCCACGGGGAAUACGUUCCCCCAGCUGUCACAUCCGAGCCUUUUAGUUCCUGUAAGAAUACAGACUCAUGUGCCAUCCUUCGGCAGUAUCACAUACACUUCAGUAUCACAGAUUUUUGACAAUCAGUAUGACAGCGUUUGCUCCACUACGUCCUCCUCUCAGAAUCAGAUUUCCCGUUUGCCUGGAACUCUUGAUUCUCAUAAUGUAUUAGCUCACACCCGCCCACCCUCGACGCACGGCCUCAAUGUUGAGGCCCUUGAUUUGUCAUCAGCUAAGCUCAACACGGGCAUCCCUCUCUCUCUGACCUCCAGAACUAUCUCAACCACUAACGCCUCCAGUGGUGGCACUAACAAACGGAUGCUGUCCCCUGCCAGCAGCCUGGACCUUUUCAUGGAGGUCAAGCAGCAAAAGCGGGUGAAAGAGGAGAGAAUGUUUGGGCAGAUAGUAGAGGAGCUGAGUGCUGUGGAGUUGGGAAAAUGUAAUCUGAGCGAAGAACAGGGCCACAGGUCAGAGAUGCAGGGCGCAUCCACACCUCAUGGUCAGGAUGACUCACGUAUGAGUAAAUUUAUCACACUUCAACAGAAAGUGACAGAGGCCACCGACCACUGCGUUGAGUCAGCUAUGGAAAGUAGCUCACCUCCCUACUCCAUGAUAUCAUGCAGCGAAGUUAAAGAAGUUGGCACGGAGAAACGAGCGCAGAUGGACAUGGUGGCACAGCUGGUCAGCAGUCAAGACGUCCUGAUCUCAGACACAGAGAAUUCAAGACUGCUUUCUCAGUUUCCAAGUCUUCGCACGACCACGGGAGUGAGCUGGUGUUACCUCAACUACACCAAGCCGAGCUGCUCUCACAGCAAUGCCCCUUUCUCCUCCGUGUACACCACCUGGUGUGUGAGUUCCCACAACCCGAACCCUCUCGAGCUGAGCACCAGUACUGCUCUGGCUCUGCUGAGGUCCAAACAGAGGGGAGACAAGGUCAUAUACACCGUGGCGGCCAUGUGUCAGCCUGGGUCGGGGAAACUGGUGUCAUCCCUCAUCAUGUGGAGGCAGACCAUGGAACAGCUGCAGAGGAAACCGGAGCCCAAAGAGGUGGACAUCACAUACGGGAAGAAGGUGAAAGACAUCAGCUGCAGAGUGAAAACUGCCAAGGAGGAGUGGAAAGAGAGGGAGGCUUCCACAACCCAAACAGUGCCAACACGCAUUAAGAUCUUCGAGGGAGGGUACAAGUCCAAUGAAGACUACGUGUAUGUCAGAGGUCGAGGCCGGGGGAAAUAUAUCUGUGAGGAGUGUGGUAUUCGCUGUAAGAAGCCGAGCAUGCUGAAAAAACACAUCAGGACCCACACAGAUGUGAGACCGUACAUCUGCAGGGUCUGCAACUUUGCUUUUAAAACUAAAGGAAACCUGACUAAACAUAUGAAGUCAAAGGCACACAUGAAGAAGUGUCUUGAACUGGGAGUGUCAGUGACGAUGGACGACGCGGAUAUCCAGGAACAUGUGGACGACAGCCAACAAGAUUCAAAGACAGAGAUGGCGGUCACAAGCAAACACCAGUUCUCAGACGCCGAUGACUCUGACGGCAUGGACGAAGACGUCGACGAAAUUGACGAAGACGACGACGAGGACGACGAUUACGAGGGCGACUCUACUCCGAAGUUGCGUUCGAGAAGCACGAGUCCUCAGCCGUGUGGAGUUACUUCUCUGUCAGUCACAGCCACCGCCGCCCUCCACGUCUAUUCCCUCACCUCUCUUCCCGGCGCCGAUGUCCGCCAACAGUCUUCUGGCAGGCGGACCGGCUCGGACCAUCGACCCGUCCUUUCAACGGACCAGAGAGAGAAGUCCGUGGAUGAAGACUCCCUGACUAUGCUUUCUCCAGACCAGGCCGGCUUCCUAUUUGACCCUUACUCUUCUUGUCUGCUCUCUCCUGGUUGGGAGUCUCCCAUCAGGGAGCCCUCCCCUUCACGUCUUCGUUACCCGUCCCCGAGGCGAGAACUCUCUCCGCGAGGUCGCUCCUCUCCCAGAUGGGACACCUCCCCGCUGAGGCCUGGCUCGCCCGGCUUCACACCCAUUCAGCACCUCUCUCCGGUCUCUAUUGAGCGACCCGUGUCUCCUGGAACAGAGCUGGCUGGAAAGCGAGAGUCCUCUGUCAGAGGUCGGCAAAGAGUCGUGCUGAGGGCGGUUUCACCGCGGAGAGGCUCGCACCAACACAAAGGCAGUGGGGAUAAAACCCGACACCAGGCAAAGAUGGAGAUGGCUCAACAUGGAGCCUUUGAAAUGGAGAUGGAUCAAAGGAGCAGCUUGGUUUCCAGUCUGCCCGCUGCUGCCAGUUCCCAUCACCAGAACAUCCUCAGCCACCUCCCUCUUCACUCCCAGCAGCAGGCCCACAGUUUGCUCCCCGUCGUUCCUGUCGGAGGGCUCCAGAUGUUACACUCCCCGCCUUCCUCCAGCAAUGAUGUCACCCUUUCCUCCAUGCCGAGCCCCCAGAGCAGCGAGGGCCGGUGUUGCAGCAGCAGGGAGGGAUCUGUCCACGGGCCUGAGUAUGGAGGAGAGGACACCAGAGGCCAGAUCCAGCUGUCCUCCUAUCAGGAGAAAAUCCUCGACCCCGGCGUCGGGGACGGCGGACAGGAGGAGAACGUCCAGACCUGCUUGAAAGCCAUCGCCUCGUUGAAGAUCACCACAGAGGACCCUCACUGAAACACCCCCCCCCUUUUUUCUGUCUCCUUGAUUUGACCCAGGAACAGACGACCCCUCACCACGCUACACCUGCGACCUUGUCGUCCUCAGCCCUUUAGGCACAUAACCUCAUCCUUAUCCAAUUAGAGGCAAUAUAAUAACGCUUCCUCGGGUCUUGCACAUACUCCAGACAGCUCCUUUUUAAAUCUGAGUGGAGAUCAAACCUUCACAGUGAAGAAGAAACCCACCCUGUCUGAUGUGCGCUUCCCUUCAGAGACUCUUUGAAAUGAUUGGACGAGCAGCAGGAUGUAAUGCGAGGUGGAGAAUCAUUAUUGGGUGCAGGUGCAAUAUGGAAAGAUAUUAUGCUAAUAUGCCUUCGUUUGACAUAGCAGUUUGCGUACUAUUGCACAUAAAUUAUAUUUAUGGAUUCUGUACAAAUGUCCUUAACAUAUACUCCUUCUUAGAUGCAUACAAACAGUGUAUUUUACUGUAUGUGUACUUUUAAAAUAGACUGUUGUUUAAUGUAAUCAUAUCAAGGUGUGACGCA